UUGUCCAAAACAGGAAGACAGCGAAGAAGGUCAAAGUGAAAUAAUAUAGCCUUACUCUAUAAGCAGGGACGUUCGUUUUUAUAUUUUUAUUUCCGUAGCCUAUAUCUAUCCUAAUCCUUAAUUUUAGUUUUGACGACAUAAUCGCGCAUCACCGGAUUGCCUCGUUCGCAGAGCGAGUGUUUCCUCGUCACGUGACACGCUCCGGUCUGCGCCUAUGGAUAUCUGCGAAAUGGAGGGUCGUGAAGCUAAGGAACCCGAGCAGCUCAGAAAGCUGUUCAUUGGGGGUUUGAGUUUUGAAACAACUGAAGAGAGUCUGAGGGCCCAUUUUGAGCAAUGGGGGACACUCACGGACUGUGUGGUGAUGAGGGAUCCCAACAACAAGCGGUCGCGAGGGUUUGGCUUUGUGACGUACUCCUCUGUAAGGGAGGUGGAUGAUGCCAUGAAGGCAAGGCCUCAUAAGGUGGAUGGCCGAGUUGUUGAACCCAAGAGAGCCGUGUCCAGAGAGGACUCCUCUAGGCCAGGUGCACAUCUGACAGUGAAGAAGAUCUUCGUCGGUGGCAUCAAGGAGGACACAGAGGAGUACCACAUCCGAGAGUAUUUCGAGGCGUAUGGAAGGAUUGAAUGCAUUGACAUCAUGGAGGAGCGCUCAACUGGGAAAAAGAGGGGAUUCUGCUUUGUCACCUUUGAUGACCAUGACACUGUGGAUAAAAUUGUCGCCCAGAAAUACCACACUAUCAACUCCCACAAUUGUGAGGUCAGGAAAGCCCUCUCAAAACAGGAAAUGAUGGCUGUUUCCAACCAGAGGAAUAGAGGCGGAGGAUCCGGAUUUAUGGGCCGAGGUGGUAACUUUGGAGGCGGUGGUGGUGGUGGCAACUUUGGCCGAGGUGGUUUCAGUGGAGGGCGAGGUUGUUAUGGUGGGGAUGGCUAUGAUGGUUAUGGUGGAGACGGUGGAAAUUAUGGUGGAGGGCCUGGCUAUGGAGGAGGAGGUCGAGGGGGAUAUGGAGGUGGUGGUCCGGGAUAUGGGAACCAGGGUGGAUUUGGUGGUGGAUAUGACAACUACAAUGAUGGAGGAAACUUUGGAGGUGGAGGUGGAGGCGGAGGUGGGAAUUACAACGACUUCGGGAAUUAUGGUGGACAGCAGUCCAGUUAUGGCCCCAUCAAGGGAAACAACUUUGGUGGCAGAAACUCAGGUGGACCCUAUGGCGGUGGCUAUGGCUCUGGCAGUGGUGGAGGUGGCUAUGCCUCACGGCGCUAUUAAUUAUUUCAUGCUUUGAUUUGGAAAGAAGCAUUACUUCUCGAUGAAAAUCUGUAAAGACCUGAUAACAUGGAAGGUUCUGGAUGGGUAAGACUUGUUUUUCAAAAUAUUAUCCAAGGCUGCUCAUAGUGUAACCUAACCUUACACUAAAAGGAAGUGAUGGUCAGAGGUGCAGCGCUCCUUGAAGGUAAACUGAGCAGGAUGACAAACUGUAUUGUUCCACAUUGACCACAAUCAACCUGCAAUAUCAUCACACUGCUUGGUAUACCUUGAAGGCAAAAUGUACUGUAUAUUAAUGUUUCAUUACUGUUUGUAUAAGUUGAUUAUCUAUGAUAAUUGUAACAAAUGAAAUUACAGGUUUCUCAUACCUUCUGGAUAUAUACACAUGAAUUUCAAGGCUACAUUAAGUAAUGCAAUACAACAAAUGUGUAGAUGCUCAUAGAGAUCAGAGCCUUGCAGGCCCUUUUCUCAAUCCUCUAUGAACUAGUUAAAAGCAUUUUCCAAUUGAAAACUUGAUUAAAUUUUCUUAAAUGGAACUGUGAAGUAUUGCUAGCGAUCUUAAGAUAUAGUCAGUCAAGUUGCUCACACUUCUUAAAUCACAAAUUAUGAAUAGUUUUACCUUCAAGUUUGAUGCAUACCAAAGUCAGUCAAAUUAGUCAGACUAGUAGACACAAGGGACAUUGCUACCAUAUGCUGAAUACAUCAUACUUAUAAAUAUUAUAAUUAUAAAGCAACCCUCAAGAUCAGCUAAUACAUAUUUAAUGGCUUGUUAAAAUAUUUCAAUUAUUUCCUCAUGGCAUGAGUCAGUAUUAAAAGCAAAGGGCCCUGUGCCUGCCAACAUAAUGUUGAUUCAAGUGUUUCUCAAUCAACUCAGGGAUAGUAUUUGUAGUGGAAAUAUUUGAUCAACUUCAUAUCACAAAUCAGAGCUUGGCUUACCUCAGUUUGGUUGAAAUACAUCUAAUUAAAAGUUUGCUAUGCAAGUAUGAA